AUGGCGGGUUUCGUGAGGGAGCUGGAGCGGCGGGCAGGGCCGGCGCUGCGGCUGGAGCAGAGGGCGGCCGGCGGUGUGGGCUGCGUGGUGUGGGACGCCGCGCUGGUGCUCGCCAAGUUCCUGGAGACCGGCGCUUGUCCCAUGGCUCGCCGCCACGUCCUGGAGCUGGGCGCGGGCACCGGCGCCGUCGGCAUCAUGGCAGCCACGCUGGGGGCGAACGUGACGGUCACGGACCUGGAGGAGCUGCAGGAGCUGUUGUUGGUUAAUAUUGAGAAUAACAAACACCUGGUCACAGGGUCCGUCCGAGCCAAGGUACUGAAAUGGGGUGAAGAUGUAACAGAAUUUCAGCCUCCCCCUGAUUAUAUACUCAUGGCUGAUUGCAUUUACUAUGAGGAGUCCUUGGAGCCUUUGCUGAAGACUCUGAAGGAUCUGACAGGCCCUGACACUUGUGUCCUGUGCUGCUAUGAACAGAGGACUAUGGGGAAGAACCCUGAAAUUGAGAGAAAAUACUUUGAACUGCUUCAGAAGGACUUUGAGCUGGAAAAAAUUCCGCUGGACAGGCACGACGAGGAGUAUCGGAGCGCAGACAUCCACAUCGUGAACAUCCACAGGAAGCACACGGUAGGUCUGCAGAAUCCCUGGAUGCUUUGGGCUCUUGGGAAGGGACCUUAGAGCUCAUCCCAUUCCUCCCCCUGCCGUGGGCAGGGACACUUUCCACUGGAAUGGUUUGUGGCACCGGCACAGAAUUCCCAGAGCUGCUGUUCUCUUGGCACAGUGUGAACAUUCCGGAGGUGGAGCUCCAGAGUGACUGUGAGAUUAGGGACCCUGUGGAACCGCAGCCCUAAAAAUCCCUCAUCCCUGCUGUACAAAGGAGCUGCUUUGUUCCCAAACCUUGUGCUGCAGGUGCCAGCCUUGCUCUUCAGCACUACCUUUGAGCUUCACACUUCUGCUUCCAUGUGCUGGUGGGGUGGGAUCUCCAAACUGGAGUUCGGAGGCACCAAAGUAAUAAAAAAUAAAAAUGCCCGGUGCUGCUUUUGGCACCGUGGGCUCUGCUGUGCCACCCUCUCCCCAAAACCAGGCUCUAGAUGUGAUACUCAGCAGCUGCCAGGCUUGCUUUGAUCAUUUUGGGGUUAACUGAUGAAGCGUGAAAAAAAUGUUUUGCAUAUUGUGCUGACGCAACAUGCAGGCUCAGCUCUUGAACAAAACCAGGCCACUUAAAAAGAAAAAAAAAAAGUCAUCUUUGUGGCAAUCUCUCGACAGAAUUCCCCAUCGUGAGAUCUUUGAGCACAGGAUCUAUCCCCUGGUAGAGCUCUGGAGAAGAGGGAAUGGCAUAACACCACGGAGGGACUGUCUGCGGUGUGGUUGUGACUCUGUGCACCGAGCAGCUUCUCGCUGGCGGAUUCGGCAGCCGAGGUGUCUGACAGCGCCUUCCGGCAGCACAGCUGUGUGCUGCCCGUGUCUGCGGCACGGGGAGCGGGGAAUGCAGCGGGGAAUGUAGCGGGGAAUGCAGCGGGAGCGGCCCCGGAGCAGCGCUGGGGGCUGAGCCGCUGCUGCGGGAGCACCGCGCUGGAACCUCCGGCAGGGCAGGGAAAAACUCUGGGAGCGGCUCGACUCAA